AUGAUCCCCAUAGCCCGCCACUCUGUUCUGCGGGCCGCCCGCUCGCAGUUGAAUCCGACCCGGACCCUGAGGCAGCCCGCUUUCUCGGCGCUGGCCCGUCUCCUCUCCACCCUCGCCGUUCUCGAGCAGCGCGAUGGGAAGCUGCAGAACUCAUCCCUGUCCGCAAUUGCGGCUGCACAAAAGCUGGGUGGUUCGGUAACGGGCUUCCUCGCUGGCUCCGGUGUGAAGGGAACUUCUGCUGCCGAGGCGGCCAAGAUCAAGGGUCUGGAGAAGGUGUUGGCCGUGGAGAAUGACGCCUACGAGAAGGUAGGACUCUUUGUCUAUUUCUAUGUACAGUAUGCGCAAUAUGCGACGGUCUCACUGACAAUUCCUUUUUUUCCCUCUUCUAUCUUGCAGGGCCUGCCGGAGAACUAUGCCCCUCUUCUCGUAGAGAAUAUCAAAAAAGGCGAAUUUACGCACAUUGUCGCUGGCCACUCAGCCUUUGGCAAGAGCCUUUUGCCUCGAGUGGCUGCCCUGCUGGAUGUCCAGCAAGUCUCGGACAUUACCGGGAUCGAGAGCGAGGAUACCUUUGUUCGCCCCAUCUACGCCGGUAACGCCAUCCUUACGGUCCAGUCGAGCGACAACAUCAAGGUGAUCACGGUACGAGGCACCGCCUUCCAGGGCGUUGAGACCGAGGGCGGUUCCGCCGAGAUUGUCGACGGAGUCGACUCGAAUGCUCCUGCACUGAUGGAGUGGGUGUCCGAGGAGCUGGCUAAGUCUGAGCGUCCGGACCUCGCGACAGCGGGUCGCGUUGUCUCGGGUGGCCGUGGUCUGAAGUCAAAGGAGGAGUUCGACCGUGUGAUGCUCCCGCUAGCGGACUCGCUGGGUGCCGCCAUUGGUGCCUCGCGUGCUGCCGUUGACAGCGGUUUCGCCGACAACAGUUUGCAGGUCGGGCAGACGGGUAAGAACGUCGCCCCGCAGCUCUAUCUCUGCGCUGGUAUCUCGGGUGCCAUCCAGCACUUGGCGGGUAUGAAGGACAGCAAGGUCAUUGCGGCCAUCAACAAGGACCCUGAGGCGCCUAUUUUCCAGGUUGCUGAUGUCGGUCUGGUGGGCGAUCUAUUCGAGAAGGUGCCGGAGCUGACGGAGAAGCUGAAGAGCGCAUAG